CUCCAGGGCACUUGCCAGAACGGUAGAACUGCCAUCCCCAACCCGAGAUAGCUCGGAGAAUGAAACCAACUCUCCCCCCCUACGCGGACGUUCGACUAGCAUUCUCGCUCGCCCUAGAGCAAGCAGAUCAGCACAUAUACGAAAACCUAGCCUUACGAAACAAGCCACUAGAUCACCAAGAAGUAGCCCUCCACUCCGGGAUAGAUCCCCAGCUAAAAGAACAAAGACAACUACUGCUUAAUGAAUGCGGAUAAACAACACUUUAAUAAACGCGGACUACGAAUCUUCCAAGCUAAUGUCGACAAAAGUCGAGAUAGCCACAAUAUAGCGUUACAUCUCGCCUAUACAUCCGGUUAUGAGGUUGUACUCAUACAAGAGCCCUCCUCUUCCUUUAAUACCAAACGACACACCUGCCGAACUCAACAACACCCGGGUACCGGUGCUUCUCCCCAGUCGCUAGCUAGGACUCAAGGAGCACCCGCCCUCGAGUAAUGACCUAUAUUAAACACGCCCCUCACAUCCAAGCCACGCAAAUCUGCUCCUUUGACGACCGUGACAUCCUAGGGGUGCAAGUCAAUAACCUAAUUAUCGUCAACUUCUACAAUCAAGGCAAAACUGGACUUAAGAAGCUCCUCUCGUGGGAGCCCCCAAACAACACAGUGAUCGCUGGCGACUUCAACGCCACGUAUGCUCUCUGGCAAACCACAAAGAACCCUACUACGGAAGGAGCGCUGAUAGCUCAGUGGGUCGAGAACAACGAUCUAGACGUCCUUACAAAGAUCAACACCCCUACCAUAAUGGGCACUACAAGACAGCGUAACACCUCUACGAUUGACCUCACGUUAUCUAACAUCCCCGGCGCAUCGUCGACAGUAGAGGAACACUUGACAGCUGGCUCCCUUCACCACACGAUCUCUACUGAGAUCCCAAGCCAACCACGCCCACCCUACAGCGAGAGAAAGUUCAGACUUACUACUGACGAGGAGUAUGAUAAAUACAGAUCCCUGGUAGAGUCAGCAGCCAAGAAUCUCCCGACCGCCUACAGGAACAAACAGGACCUGGAGAAUCUAGCAGCCUCGAUCACUAAGAUACUACAGGACGCGCUCAAGAUCGCCGGCCGGAAAGCUUCUGGCUAUCGUCCUCUACGUAAACCAUGGUGGAACGAGGAAUAUCAAGCAGCAUAUAUAACACUACGAAUAAUACGCUCUACGUCAGAUAACCCCACUAGCCUUGAAGUCCAGUUAGCUCGUCGAGAUCUACAAAGAGCCGUUCGAACAGCACAGCGAAACGGAUUCCGCAAGUACCUUGACGAAAUCCAAGAUCCCUCCGACGUGUAUAAGAUUACAAAAUGGACCAAACCGAUAGCUCGUUUUGAACCUCCCCCUAUCCAGAUAGGGGAGGAACUCUAUAUCUCGGAUAAAGAGCGCGCCCAGGCACUUCUACAAUCCAAGCUUGCUACUAGAGAUGCCUCGGACGACAUCGACCUUGAUAUCGCCGAUCUUACACAGGAUAACCCAUUUCCCUGGGACGACACAAUUUCCAAGAAAGAGGUCCAAGAUGCACUUCUCAGUACAGGUAAUACUACUCCAGGGAUGGAUAAUAUUACUACUAAGAUACUACGAGCCGCCUAG